CCGGGCCAGCAGGCCGGGCUCGCCAUGGUGCUGAGUGCCAUCCUGGCGCGGGGCAGGGACGUGUGCCGGCGGAACGGGCUGCUCAUCCUCUCGGUGCUGUCAGUCAUCGUGGGCUGCCUCCUUGGCUUCUUCCUGAGGACCCGGCGCCUCUCACCCCAGGAAAUUAGUUACCUGCAGUUUCCUGGAGAGCUCUUGAUGAGGAUGUUGAAGAUGCUGAUCCUACCUCUGGUGGUGUCCAGCUUGAUGUCCGGCCUCGCCUCCCUGGAUGCCAAGACCUCCAGCCGCCUGGGCAUCCUGACCGUGGCCUACUACCUGUGGACCACCUUCCUGGCCGUCGUUGUGGGCAUCGUCAUGGUCUCCGUCAUCCACCCCGGAGGCGCGGCGCAGAAGGAGACGACAGAGCAGAGCGGCAAGCCGGUCAUGAGCUCGGCGGACGCCCUGUUGGACCUCAUCCGGAACAUGUUCCCAGCCAACCUGGUGGAAGCCACGUUCAAACAGUACCGCACCAAGACGACCCCAGUAGUCAAGUCCCCCAAGGUGGCACCGGAGGAGACCCCUGCUCGGCGGAUCCUCGUCUACGGGGUCCAGGAAGAGAACGGCUCUCGCGUGCAGAACUUCGCCCUGGACCUGACCCCGCCGCCCGAGGUGGUUUACAAGUCAGAGCCAGGCACCAGCGACGGCAUGAACGUGCUGGGCAUCGUCAUCUUCUCGGCCACCAUGGGCAUCAUGCUGGGCCGCAUGGGUGACAGCGGAGCCCCCCUGGUCAGCUUCUGCCAGUGCCUCAAUGAGUCCGUCAUGAAGAUCGUGGCGGUGGCUGGGUGGUACUUCCCCUUCGGCAUCGUGUUCCUCAUCGCCGGCAAGAUCCUGGAGAUGGACGACCCCAAGGCCGUGGGCAAGAAGCUGGGCUUCUACGCCGUGACCGUGGUGUGCGGGCUCGUGGUGCACGGGCUCUUCAUCCUGCCCCUGCUCUACUUCCUCGUCACCAGGAAGAACCCCAUCGUCUUCAUCCGCGGGGUCCUGCAGGCCCUGCUCAUCGCACUGGCCACCUCCUCCAGCUCAGCCACACUGCCCAUCACCUUCAAGUGCCUGCUGGAGAACAACCACAUUGAUCGGCGCAUCGCCCGCUUCGUGCUGCCCGUGGGCGCCACCAUCAACAUGGACGGCACCGCGCUCUACGAGGCCGUGGCUGCCAUCUUCAUCGCCCAGGUCAACAACUACGAGCUGGACUUCGGACAGAUCAUCACUAUCAGCAUCACAGCCACUGCGGCCAGCAUUGGGGCAGCCGGCAUCCCCCAAGCCGGGCUCGUCACCAUGGUCAUCGUGCUGACCUCCGUGGGACUGCCCACGGACGACAUCAACCUCAUCAUCGCUGUCGACUGGGCUCUGGACCGCUUCCGCACCAUGAUCAAUGUGCUGGGUGACGCACUGGCGGCAGGCAUCAUGGCCCACAUCUGCCGGAAGGAUUUUGCUCGGGACACGGGCGCCGAGAAACUGCCGCCCUGCGAGACCAAGCCGGUGAGCCUCCAGGAGGUGGUGGCCAGGCAGCAGAACGGCUGCGUGAAGAGCGUGGCCGAGGCCUCGGAGCUGACCCUGGGCCCCACCUGCCCCCACCACGUGCCCGUUCAGGUGGAGCAGGACGAGGAGCCGGCUACCACCAGCUUGGACCACUGCACCAUCGAGAUCAGCGAGCUCGAGACCAAUGUCUGAGCCUGCAGGGCUACAGAGGCCAGCAGAGGCCUCUGGGGUCAGGGGUCAAGGGCAGGCUGUCCACUCAACCACGUUCCAGAGCAGCCAACAGGGGCCAGUACUCGUCCUUCCCGUUCUUGAGAGGCUGCACUGAGCGCCAUCAGAUGGGAAAAGGAGCCUCAGAGAGGGGGACGGCACCCGCCAGCCAGCCAGGGACGGGCAGGGCCCCGAUUUGGACAGUGUCCCCCGCGUGAGCCUGCGAGGCCGUGGAGUGGGGGCUAGUGCCCCACUUUGUGGAUGACAGAGGCGAGGCUCUGGGGGUCAGAAGCGUUUGCUCACAAUCUUGACGCUAAGGCUUCCAAGUCCCCGCCACUCCUUUCCGAGUCCAGAGUCCCAUAGUCACCGCCGCCUCCACGUCCUGGUGUCAGCCCCAGCUGUGUCCAGGCCCAGACCCCCACCCUACCCCACAACAGGUGGUAUCAGCCAAACAGUUUCUCCCCAGGGUGGGCCCAGCCCAGCCAGCCCAGGCUGGGACCCCUGCCUUCCACGUGCCUCAGCCUGCUCUGCUCGGCCGAGCACAGCUGGUGUGGAGACAGAAGCCGCCUAGGUGGGCAAGCCGGGGCCCAGUGAGGGGCUCAGCCUGGGGCACCCUAGCCAAGCAGCCAGGGAGGGGGGGACCCAGGUGUCAGGCUGCCCGGAAGCCUGCAAUGUGAAAUGCAGUCGGACCUUUCUAUUCCUUUCUGUUUUCAAAUCCAAUGACAACUAAAUAAAGGUACUACUUGUU